GAAUAAUUACAAAUAUGAAUAUCGGAUGUAUUUCGUAUGGUUAACGUGACUGAUGGGUCGUUUUCGAUGUUUCACUAUAAAAACAUGUCAUUGCUCUGUGGUAAAGCAUCCGGUACCACACUAUGGACUCUCUCUCCUCAUCUUUCAUUUCCAUUUUUUCCCAAUCAAACUCAACUGUUUCCCACCCACCACCAUCAUCGUCUUCACCGCCAUCUGCGCUAAGAGUCUUUUCAGUCAGGACUGAAGAAAAACCAGAAACCGUCACCAGUACCGCCACCACCAAAAGACCUAGUGGACCGAAAAAGCAACCAACCCUGAAUAUUAGAAAACGUGAAAGUUCAGUGGUGGUGGAUCAGUCUUUACCCGCCACCAUCUUUAAUGCUUUUGAUAGCAUCAUUAAUAACUUUAUUGAUCCACCGGCGAGGGUCUCAGUUGAUCCAAAACACGUUUUGUCUGAUAACUUUUCACCGGUGGACGAACUCCCUCCGACUGACUGUGAAGUCAUCGAGGGCACACUGCCAAGUUGCCUUGACGGUGCUUACUUCCGUAAUGGUCCGAACCCGCAAUUCCUUCCGCGAGGACCCUACCACCUCUUCGAUGGCGAUGGCAUGCUCCAUGCUAUUCGUAUCUCCAAUGGAAAAGCUUCGUUAUGUAGCCGAUACAUCAAAACAUACAAAUAUUCAAUAGAGAAAGAAGCGGGAUUCCCCAUUAUUCCAAACGUGUUUUCAGGGUUUAAUGGUGUGACUGCCUCUGCAGCUCGCAUGGCAGUCACUGCCGGCCGAUUUUUGGCUGGACAAUUUGACCCCACAAAAGGUAUUGGUCUAGCCAAUACCAGUCUGGCCUUUUUUGGCAACAGACUUUUUGCUCUGGGAGAGUCGGAUCUCCCAUAUGCCGUCAAACUAGCGCCCGACGGUGACAUAGUCACCGUCGGACGUGAGGACUUCGACGGCAAACUAUUCAUGAGCAUGACCGCUCACCCAAAAAUCGAUCCAGUAACGAAAGAAGCUUUUGCCUUUCGUUACGGUCCAGUCCCCCCUUUCCUAACCUUUUUCCGUUUCAACGAAAACGGAGAAAAACAAGCCGAUGUCCCGAUCUUCUCAAUGACAAGCCCGUCGUUUCUCCACGACUUCGCCAUCACCAAAAACUACGCGAUUUUUCCCGAGAUCCAAAUCGGGAUGAGCCCAAUGGAGAUGCUGGGUGGGGGAUCCCCGGUUAGCGCGGACGCUGGAAAGGUGCCUCGGCUCGGGUUGAUCCCUCGGUACGCGAAAGACGAGUCCGAGAUGAAGUGGUUUGAGGUUCCGGGUUUUAAUGUGAUACAUUGCAUCAAUGCAUGGGAGGAGGAUGGCGGAGAUACGGUGGUGAUGGUGGCUCCGAACAUAUUAUCGGUUGAACAUACGUUGGAAAGAAUGGAUUUGAUUCAUGCAUCGGUUGAGAAAGUGAAGAUUAAUCUGAAAACAGGAAUGGUAUCCCGGCACCCGCUUUCAACCCGGAAUCUUGACUUUGCGGUUUUAAAUCCGGCCUUUGUUGCCGUUAAAAACAGGUAUAUGUAUUGUGGAGUUGGUGAUCCGAUGCCAAAGAUCUCUGGUGUGGUCAAGCUAGAUGUGUCACUAUCCGAAGCAGACCGUCGCGAAUGCAUAGUUGCUAGCCGGAUGUUCGGGCCUGGUUGUUACGGUGGUGAACCAUUCUUUGUAGCUAGGGAGCCAGACAACCCCGAUGCGGAUGAGGAUGAUGGGUAUGUGGUUUCUUAUGUGCAUAACGAGAACACCGGUGAGUCAAGAUUCGUGGUGAUGGACGCUAAGUCACCGACGCUUGAGAUCGUCGCUGCCGUGAAGCUGCCCCACCGGGUACCAUAUGGUUUUCAUGGGCUCUUUGUUAGAGAAAGUGACAUUAACAAGUUGUGAAAAUUGAAUGGUCCAAGAUUAUUGUAAAAAGUAGAUGCUAUAGAUAUUUUUCCACUCACGGGCACAUGAUAUAUGUGUGUAUAAUAUAUGUAAAAUGUGAUCGAACAUAAAUAAAGUAAAACACACCUAUUUCCAUGUAAAAUAUCUUCAAGUAAAUAUAGUAAUAUUUACCUAA